GGUUGAUAUCUGGCUUCGACAGUUAGUGACUUUUUUAUUUUAUUAGAAUAUCUGUGAUUUUUAUUUUUAUUUUUUGAAAAAAAUAUUGAAAUAAUGUCGGCAUCACCCUUUGCAAGACAAGCCACGGACUCUAAGGCUAUACCUACACGAAAGGUGCUAUUCGCCGAUGCUUCAGAACUGCCUAGUCAAUAUUCGAGCACGCCUGGGGGCACCCUCUAUUCUACUACGCCUGGGGGAACCAAAAUUGUAUACGAAAGAAACGUGCUGAUGAACCUGAAAAACUCCCCAAUUUCGAGGACCCCGCCUGCCUUCGACAUUCCAGAAAAUCUACUGAGGGGCAGCCCCAACAAAUCCCCCCCGAAAUACUGCAACCUCCCUAAACGCGGCAACGUUGCCAAGCCCAAGAUUCACGAGGACGAUCAAUUCCAAAUAGAACUGUAGCCUUUUGUUUUUUUUGUAUGUAAUAAUGUUAGGUUACGAGAUUCACAUCACUAAAAAUUUAAAUAUGGCAACAUGGCAAUACAGUAACUUGUGAAUUCUUGUUUUAUUUUUUAAGUUUGUAAAUAAUAUUAGGAUUUUUUUGGUAAUAAUAUAAGACUGCCAAAAAUUUUAUAAUUUUGUUUGUUUUUUUUUAAUUGACAUACAUUUUUGUGUGUAUUUUUUUAAUUAUUGUAUUUUUAUUGGUUUCUAUUUUUG